AGAGAGAGAGAGAGAGAGAGAGAGAGAGAGAGAGAGAGAGAGGACUUAUUGGUUUUUGCUGUAUCAUUUGGUGUUCUCGUUUUUUGGAUGGGAGAGAGGAGAGAUGGGAAGGGGAAAGAUUGAGAUUAAGAAGAUAGAGAAUGCAACUAGCAGGCAGGUCACAUUCUCCAAACGUCGGGCUGGUUUGCUCAAAAAGGCGCAGGAGCUCUCUAUAUUAUGCGAUGCGGAGGUUGCGCUCAUUAUUUUCUCGAGCACUGGAAAACUCUUUGAAUUUCCUAGUUCUGGCAUGAAGAAAACACUGGCCAGAUACAACCAAUGCUCAGACAGCUCAGAGUCCUCCCUUGUUGAGUGCGAUUUUGAGAUGCAACAAGUAAAGGAGGUGGCAGUUUUGAGGGAAGAAAUUGGGAAGUUGCAAAUGGCACACAUGCACAUGAUGGGUAAAGAACUCUUGAAUUUGAGUUUGAAGGAAUUGCAACACCUUGAGAAUAUGCUAAAUGAAGGGAUAACUUCUGUGAAGGAUAGAAAGGAGAAGUUACUGUUGGAGCAACUUGAGCAAUCACAAUUAAAGGAACAAUGCGCUGUGAGGGAGAAUGAGAUUUUGCGGAAGCAGGUAGAGGAUCUGCGGGGUCUGCUGCCAGGAACUGAAAGAUCAGUGACAAAAUAUCUUGAUUUUCAUCCCGUUGAAAGGAAAGUUUCCCAUACGAAGCCAUUGCUCCCUAACCUGAGUGCAUUAUUUAAGUGCACAUUUGAAAAGGCAGAGCAUUCUGACACUUCUUUGCACCUGGGUUUGCCGGAUAUCUACUGCAAGAGGAAAGCAGUAGAGAGAACAACAUGUUCUAAUGGUGAUUCAGGAUCCCCAAUGCCUCCGUGGGCAUAAGUGAUGUAGCUCUUCCAGCGCUGUGACAAAGUUUAGGUCUCAGAAUCUCAGUCUAUUGUUGGCAUGCAUGAUUCUGUGCUUGGAGUUCCAUUGAAUUUUGAAGCAUCAUCCUUGAGAGGCUUUUGCAUGGCAACAUCAUUGGCCCUGGAAGAAUUUCAACACAAUUUUAACUAGCACAAGUGCUUUCCCUUUUUCUUGGGCUUGUAGUUCACCAAGGUGUCUUGCAUUGGUGAAAGUUUGGAUGGGAGAGAAUACUAUUUUGUAGCAUGAGAUGUCAUAGGAUGGAUACUGUUCUGUCAUGGCUUUUACAAAUACUCAGAUCUUUUGCAUGUCUUCAAACUUACUUCUUUUGUCAAAUAUUAUGUGGAAGGAUUAUGUUAUGGUACAAAUACAUGUGAGUAUUUAUUAAA